AUGGCAGAGGAAAAUCAACUCACUGUCUUCGAAGGGAAUACACCACCGACGCCGGUUCAUUCUCCACAGCUCGCGAUGAAUGCGCCACCACCACAUCAUGGGACUCCCUCGGCCCAUCUCCCACAACCGAUUUCAUCAAGCAUGUCACUACCGCUGGGGUACGCACCACCACCACCUGGGCACUCGCCGCCACCACCGAUGCACGCGCCGUCGUCGGCAACUCAAGCACCACCGCCUGCCCAUGAUCCUACUCGCAUGGCCACGCUCGAGGGCAACGUCACAACUCUUCAAAACACGGUUGACGUUAUGGCCGCUAAUAUGGCCGAGAUGAUGGCCUUGCUCAGGGGACCAAAUCGCGCGUCUUUGAGCUCCAUCCCGCCUCUUGCACGCAGGCCAAUUGUCGACCCCACUCCUUGGGUCCCGCCAACUCAUGCAUCAGAGGGCGACAUAGCGGCCGCCCCCGCGCCAGCAAUUAUCCCAGUGCCCGCUCCUCAUCCGAAGCACGCGCCAGCAAUUCACCCAGUCGACUCCGGCCAUCCUCAGUCCACCAUUCCAGCAACUGUCUCACUUCCGCCCAUGACGAUUCCCGUGCCGGAUCCGACCAUGUUCGCACCACCUCCUGUGUCCGUGCCAGCUCCAGCUACAGUUUAUACUGCUCCUCCGCCGAUGGGCUUCCCGACAUCGAGUGCUCCUUUACCCGCGAAAGUCAAAAUGCCAGAGUUCGAGAAAUACGAUGGAACCAAAGACCCGCGGCACCACCUUCGCCACUAUCAUACAAAGAUGCUUCAGUACUGGGACUAUGAACAGUUCGUCGCCGCCACUUUCCAAGAAAGUCUAUCAGAAUUGGCCCUUAAUUGGUUCAUGUCGCUUCGAGCGGAGGACAUCCCUUCCUGGACCGAACUGGCCAAGAAGUUUGUUGAGCAGUAUCAGUACAACAUGGAGACGCCCCCGUCCUUCCUCGAGUUGAGCACGAUGGAAAUGGCAGAGGGGCAGAAGCUUGAGGAUUACGCCACGAAUUGGCGUUCGGAAGCAGCAAAACAUUUCCCUCCAAUUUGCGAAGCGCAGCAAAUCCAAAUGUUUCAUGGGACUCUCAAGGGGGCUUACUACUCUCACUUCAUGGGUCACAAGUCUACUUUCUCGGAGAUGAUUAUGGCCGGGAAGCAGGUAGACCUGGGUAUCAAACUCGGAAGGUUAGAGGGCCCGACAAAGAAAGGGGAAGGAGAGUCCUCGAGGAGGACUGCCUCAGCAGCCACCCCCACUGGCGGCAGAAGGAGUAAGGAGGCAUCAGUCAAUGCCGUCAAUGUGGGCCACAACGCGCCGCAACAGUACUCGGUGAGCUUCACGCCCGCGCCAUCUACCUCCCCCGCGUAUGCUCCACCGCCUUCGCCCUAUCCAUCUCAGCAUCCCGCUCAACCGAUUUAUUAUUCGGCUCCGCCGACAUCAUUUCCAUCGGCCCCGCAACAAGUCGUCCAUCAUUACGCUCCCGCUCCUCCUCAGACCCCGCAGUACAGGCCUCCGGCUUCGAGAACUCCUCAGCCGACACAACAGGCCCCAGCCCCACAGGGUCAACAAGGCGGCGCAAUGCAAGCUCGGCAGCGCAUACAGUUCACACCCCUGCCUACCCCACUCUCCCACAUAUACAGGCAACUAUUAGCUGUCGAAAUGAUCCGACCAACGGUUCCCGGUCCCAGUUUCGUUCCUACAAACCAAAAUCAAAGUCUACGCUGCGAGUACCAUUCUGGUGCACCCGGUCACACCACCGACAACUGUUGGAAAUUGCGGGAGGAGGUUCAGAAGUUGAUCAACAGUAAAAAGAUCUCGUUCAAUGCCAUUAGGCCCCCGAACGUGCAAGCUAACCCUCUCCCUGAUCAUGGGUCGAGCUCGGGGCCCACCAUCAAUAUGAUCAGUAUUUGCACUGUGAGAGAGGACGAGAGCCAACAGGAGGGCCCUACUCCAUUUAUAAUCGAGUAUGUCCUCGCGGAAGCCACCGUAGGGUUCACAGGGUCUAGUGCAGCACCCACCCCCUUCAUAAUAGAAGUCCCCGCUCGAGAGCCGUACCAGGACAGCAAGGUCCCUUGGACUUACGAAGGAAGUGUCGGAAACCUGGAGCAGCAGUUCAGUGUCAUGGGCGUGACACGCUCGGGCCGGGUAUACACGAACCCUGAGAUCGCAGGCAAGGGAAAGGCUCCUGCUGCAUCCGGAGCUGCUCCGGAAGCCCCGCCUAUCCCGCAGAAGAAGGUUCCUAAGGAGAUAGCCCCAGAUCGAAUUGAAGAGACCGUCAGCUCGAUUUUCUCCAAUGCCAUCUCAUUUUCAGAUGACGAGCUCCCCUCCGAAGGGUGGGCACACUCACGGGCGUUGCACAUCGUCUGCAAGUGCAACAAUUUCAUCAUUGGCCGGGUCAUGAUCGACAACGGCUCCGCCCUCAAUGUUUGCCCAGUGUCCACGUUGAAGCAAAUGAAUGUGGACCUCAACCGCGUCCGCCCGAGCAAAACCGCGGUUAGAGCCUUUGACGGCUCGCGGAGGGAAGUGAAUGGGGAGAUUGACCUUUUGAUCGAUGUCGGCCCGUGCUCAUUCAGCGUCACAUUUCAGGUCCUUGACAUCCCGAAUGCUUUUAGCCUGCUCCUCGGGAGACCCUGGAUCCACUCAGCUGGAGCCGUUCCCUCGUCCCUGCACCAAAGGAUCAAGUUCAUCGCGGAUGGUCGGCUCAUUACGGUCAAGGGUGGGGAGAACUACGCCAUCUACAAGGAAACGGCUGUGCCCUAUAUUAGCAUCGGAGACGACGAGAACCUCCCAUUCCAUUCAUUCGAGACCAUCUCCGUCAUUCGGGACUAUGGAGAGGUUCGUCCAUCUCGUGCUGACCGCAUGGUCGGGAAGGUCCUUCUGCGUCACAACUACGUUCCUGGUACCGGGCUUGGAGCACAGGGGCAGGGGAUCAAUUGCCCCAUCGAGAUUGAAGAGUACAAGAACAGGAGGGGACUCGGUUUUCGCCCUUCCUGCCACGAAAUUAUCGAGGCCCGUAGGGGCAAACACUUCCACCAUCUCGCCGCGCAUUAUGGGAAGAUCAACAGGGGCAUCCCGGUUCCCCCACUCUCUCACUUUUUUCCCGCACCGCCACACGUCAUCGGAGGUACUCUUGACGGCCCCUCCUCGGUUUCAAACGCCGAGCCUGUCGAUCUGCCAGCCAUAUGCGCCAUCACUGAGGAGACUCCUUUAGGGGUCCAUAUCCGCCUUGCACAGGAGAAUGAGGAGCUCAACAACUGGACCUCAGUCCCAUGCUACUCGGUUGUGAUCGCCGAUGUGUAA